UCUGUGUACACAGACGUGGGUGGAGCGAAGGAGGCGACAGCACAGCAAUGUCAAGAAGUUUUUCGGUGUCCGCGCUGUCGCGUCUUUUAGCUCAAAAGACAAAAACAAACAACAAAUAAACAGUGGUGUCGACGGAGAAGCGCGAGUCGGACCCGGACACGGCCAUGGACGGUGUGUAUGGAUGGGGCCUGACCCCGCUCAACCCAGUCCAAGCUGCGACACCCUACAUAGAGAUCAUCGAGCAGCCCAAGCAGAGGGGGAUGAGGUUUAGGUAUAAGUGUGAGGGCCGUUCGGCUGGCAGCAUCCCCGGAGAGAAGAGCAACGACACCACUAAGACCCACCCAGCUAUCAAGGUGCACAACUACAGCGGCCCGCUGCGUGUUCGCAUCUCGUUGGUGACGAAGAACGCGCCGCACAAGCCUCACCCCCAUGAACUUGUUGGGAAAGACUGCAAACAUGGCUACUAUGAGGCGGACCUGCAGGAGAGACGGAUACACAGUUUUCAGAACCUGGGAAUACAGUGUGUCAAGAAGAAGGACGUGAAUGAGGCCAUCACUUGUAGGCUGCAGACCAAUAAUAACCCCUUCAACAUUCCAGAGGCGAAGGUGUGGGAGGAAGAAUUUGACCUGAACUCGGUUCGGCUUUGCUUCCAGGCCUCCAUCACUCUGCAAACAGGGGAGCUGUUCUCUCUGGACCCCGUGGUAUCGCAGCCCAUCUUUGACAACAGGGCCCCAAACACAGCUGAGCUAAAGAUCUGCCGAGUCAACCGCAACUCUGGAAGCUGCAAAGGAGGGGAUGAAAUCUUUCUGCUGUGUGACAAAGUGCAAAAAGAAGACAUCGAGGUGCGUUUCUUCCAGGACUCCUGGGAGGGGAAGGGCACUUUCUCCCAGGCUGACGUCCACAGGCAGGUGGCCAUUGUGUUCCGCACGCCGCCGUACCGCGACACUAACCUCUCGGAGCCAAUUAGAGUCAAGAUGCAGCUCCGCCGGCCCUCUGACCGUGAGGUCAGCGAGCCAAUGGACUUCCAGUACCUGCCCGCUGACCCAGAUGAAUACAGGCUGAGUGAGAAGAGGAAGCGUACAGGGGACAUGUUCCAGAGCCUGAAGCUGGGGCCCAUGCUGUCUAGUGUGUCCAUUCCACAAGAUAGACGGCACAUAAGCCCGGCAAGGAGAACAGUCCCAGCCAAGGCUCCGUCCCAAGGUGCAGCUGUGCUGCCCCCUGGUGCCAGUGGCGCAAAAGCCCAGCCUUCCUACUCCUAUCAACCAGGCCAGCUCUUCUCAGUCCAGCCCAAGUUGGAGGCCUCCUCCUCCAACUCUGCUGCAGCCUCAAACCAAACCUGGAGGAUCAUGGAGAGCCUGAACCUGGGCUCCCAGCCCAAAGCCACGCCUGUGUCCAACUUUACACUGAGCCAAGCAGCACCCUCCUGCCCCUCUACCACCGCUCCCACCACCAACCAAGACUACCCCACCGUCAACCUGUCAGACUUCCAUGAAUUCUUCCCCAACAUUUCCUCAGCCAUGGCCCAGGAGCCUGCAGCUUCUCAGGGGACCGCCGCCUCCUCGCAGCCCAGCGGCUCCUUCACCAUGCACGGCUCUCAGUUCCGGGUGGACGGCGAACUCGCGGACGACGAUAUGCCAGAGUUCCCGAGCUUCUCCGAAGCCCAGGCCCCAGGCGCUCUGGACAGCCUAAACAUGGACGACUUUGAGGACCUCCUGAACCCCGCCGUGAUGAGCGAGAGUGGAAACGGCAGCUCCGUGUUGGCUCAAGCUUCGUGCCAACAGGCCGCCCCUCCCAGCUCUUCUUCUGCGGCCCACAGCGCGGCAUCCCAGAACACUUCUGACCCCGCCGGCAUUCCAGGAAGCACCUGGAUGAAUUACCCCAACAGCAUCGUCAACUUGCUCCAGAACGAGGGCAUGAUGGGCAUGAUGGGCAUGGCGUCCAACAACAACCACCGGCCCCCCGUGCUGGACGAGUUUGAUGAGUUGAUGUCCGCCGACGAGGAUCGUCUAAUUUCCAUUUUUAAUAGUGGAAGCUAACCUGGGUUUGUGUCGGGACACCCGACUUCAAGCUUAUCCACGUGAAUUGUUUUAAGGACUUAUUUACACAGUCCACUUGUAUCUGCCCUUUUUACCUUCUGAACUAAAAGUCCUUUGUUGUUAUAAAAGACAAAAAAAGGAAACAAGGUGGAUAGAAUAGGGCUGUAAGAGACGGAAUGUAGCAAAACUGCUCACUGUUAUUAGAGGGUUUUGCCAGGCCUUUAGAUACAGUUUGACUGACAAAUGAUAUAAAAGACAGGACUGAACUAGUUCAGAUUUUUUUUAUUUUGGUCGCCUUUGUUAAACCCUUGUACUAUACAGACAAUCUGAUCAGAUGGCAGAAGACAUCUCAGGCCUGUACUCGCAUAUUUUACAUAAGAAGAGCAAACUAUAAUUCUACGUGAAUAUGAAGAACACAGACACUGUUUUACAGGCAAAACACAAUACACUCGCUGCUUCCUAAAACAGGAAGGAAAGCGGGCAAAACAAAUAGCCGACGCCGUAAACGCGUAAAUCACAACGCUUAUCGAUAUCACUUCCCCACCAGUCAGGCACAAAGAUCUGACCAUAAUUACACUUGUGCUUUCCAUAUCUUCUGUUGCUUUAGCCUGUGAUUUCAGUUGCAACCCUGGCAGUGGGAAGCAAUCGUGAGAGCAAAGAAAAUGGCAACAUACGGCUCAACAAGCCAACAAAUGGCCUAUAUGUAAUUCCUGCCGCUGAAAAUCCAUAUCUUUCAUAAAAACAGUGAUCAGGGAAUUUUAAAGGGGUUGUCGGUCUCUCAAUGUCUGAACUUUUCUGAGCGCACCUCUCUCUCUCUCUCUCUCUCUCUCUCUCUC